AUGCUACAACGGACCAUCUCGACUGCCUCGCGCGCCCUGCGCUCCACUGCCCAUCUGGGCACCGCCGGCAUCCAGCGCCAGUUCCAGGGCGCCGCCGCCCGCACUCAGCUCUUCCAGAUCCCGGUGACCGCCUCCCGGCCACUUGCUGCCCGGACAGCGAGGUGGUACAGCUCUGAAGCCGAGGCCAAGAACGGCGAGGAGGCCAAGAAGGAGGAGAAGAAGGAGGAGAGCAAGGAGGGCAGCGAGGAGGUUAAGAAGGAGGGUGAGGAGAAGACCGAGAGCCCUGAGGAGGCCCUUAAGAAACAACUAGAGGCCAAGGAGGCCGAGGUCCGGGAGUUCAAGGACCGCUGGAUGCGCGCGGUUGCAGAGUUCCAGAAUCUGCAAACCAGGACACAGGCCGAGGUCAAGGCCGCCAAGGAGUUCGCCAUUCAGCGCUUCGCUAAGGACUUGUUGGACACGGUCGACAAUUUUGAGCGUGCUCUGGGUGCCGUUCCCCAGGAGAAGCUGCAGGCGACCGGCGAUGACCAGAACAGCAACAAGGACCUCAUCAGCCUGUAUGAGGGCAUCAAGAUGAUCGAGACGGUCAUGCUCUCGACCUUCAAGAAGCACGGCAUCGAGCGUUUCGAUCCCGUCGGCGAGGUCUUCAACCCCCAGGAGCACGAGGCCACCUUCAUGGCUGCCAUGCCUGACAAGGAACACAACACCGUGUUCCACGUUCAGUCGAAGGGAUUUAAGCUCAACGGCCGCGUUCUGCGCGCCGCCAAGGUCGGCGUUGUCAAGAACAAAUAA